AUGGCUGCUCAAGUAGGACGAAAGCCAACCGUCGUUCUUGUACCUGGUGCCUGGCAGAGAUCUUCUGGAUUCGAUACAGUACAACAGAAGCUCCGACUUCUAGGAUAUCCGACUUUCCUAGUAGACCAUUUGUCGACAGGAGCUGAGCCACCAACGAUAGAACUUACCGAUGACGUCAACAAUUUGCGUCAAGUGCUCCAGCGAUUGGUUGACCAAGAGAGAGACGUGGUCGUUGUCGCGCACUCCUACGGCGGCGUCGUUGCCUCGUGUGCAGUUGAAGGCUUUGAUGUGGCCGAACUCAACAAGGCAGGCAAAAAUGGCGGCGUCAUAAUGUUGGCAUAUCUGAGCGCAUUCGUCCUUCCAAAAGGCAAAUCCUUGAUGGAUGGCCUUCAAGGUCAAUGGUUGCCGUGGCAAAGAGUUGAGGGAGACUAUUGCCGCACCACGAACGAGGCCGAAGUGUUUUACAACGAUUUAUCCGUCCCUGAGCAGAGAAAGUGGAUCACAACCAUGACGCAUAUGCCAGUUGCUGUGUUCAAGUCUAAGUCAACAUAUGAACCAUGGCAUGUCAUACCCUGCAUGUACAUUUUCUGCACCAAGGAUAACGCGAUUCCUCCGGUCUUGCAAACCGCCAUGGCCAGUCAAAUGGGCAGCAUUACUACAUAUGAAAUCGUAUCAUCACAUUCGCCAUUUCUAAGCUCGCCGGAUGAAGUAGUUGGAGGAAUUGAGUUGGCGGCUAGGACUGGUGAAGAGAAGAAGAAUUUAAUGUAA